AGUUCCUCCAUGCAGGCUGUUCUCCCAGCUCGCCAAUCAUUCUAGCGAGUUCCCCCACUCUUUCUAUCUCCCCGUCUGUACAUGUGCACCGGACACACAGCUCUCUGCUGAGCGGACACUGCAGGGGGAAGAAACGAACGAUCCCGCCAUGGAAUAGGAAUACUGCUGGACAAAACGGGGGAAAAACCUCUCUCUCUUUCUCUCUUUCUGUCUCUCAUCUUUCUUCUUCUUUUCCCCCUUUUUCUGACGCCUUUCCUCUCUCUUUCGCAUCUCUCCCCUCUCUCUGUCUCUCCCUCUCUCUCUCCCUCUCUCUCUCUUUCGAUGUCUCUCAACAGUUUCUGAAGGGAUUGAAGGAAAGAAAAAUGAGGAUUAUUAUUUUGUCUUGGCACUUUCUCGGGGUGUAUUCCGCCCUUUGGGGGCUGGCGACGGGGGCUUUCCCCAGCUCAGUGCAGAUAGGUGGGUUGUUCAUUAGGAAUACUGAUCAGGAGUAUACGGCGUUUCGACUAGCUAUCUUCCUUCACAACACCAGCCCUAAUGCUACGGAAGCCCCCUUUAACCUGGUCCCACAUGUCGACAAUAUAGAGACGGCCAACAGCUUCGCUGUCACCAAUGCAUUCUGUUCUCAGUAUUCGAGGGGGGUCUUCGCCAUCUUCGGCCUUUACGACAAGCGCUCGGUGAACACGCUGACGUCGUUCUGUGGGGCCCUGCACAUCAGCCUAGUGACACCCAGCUUCCCCACGGAGGGAGAGGGCCAGUUCACCCUGCAGCUGCGGCCGUCCAUCAGAGGGGCUUUGCUGUCACUAUUGGACCACUACGACUGGAGCCGAUUUGUCUUUCUUUACGACACAGACAGAGGUUAUGCAAUACUGCAGGCAAUUAUGGAGAGAGCGGGGCAGAACGGAUGGCAGGUCAGUGCUAUCUGUGUGGAGAGCUUCAAUGAGGCAGCGUACCGCCGUCUCUUAGAGGACCUGGACCGACGUCAGGAGAGAAAAUAUGUCAUUGACCUGGAGCCUGAGAGACUACAGAACAUUCUAGAGCAGGCUGUCAGUGUGGGAAAACAUGUAAAAGGUUACCAUUACAUCAUUGCAAACUUGGGAUUUAAGGACAUAUCUCUGGAGAGGUUCAUGCAUGGUGGGGCCAAUGUGACUGGUUUCCAGCUGGUGGACUUCAGCAGGCCUAUCGUUAUUAAACUGAUGCAGCGCUGGAACAAACUGGAUCAGAGAGAGUACCCCGGAUCUGAAAGCCCGCCCAAGUAUACCUCAUCUCUAACGUAUGAUGGCGUACUUGUGAUGGCCGAGGCCUUCCGCACCCUUCGCCGUCAGAAAAUUGAUAUCAGUCGCCGUGGCAAUGCUGGUGACUGCCUUGCUAAUCCAGCUGCUCCGUGGAACCAAGGAAUCGAUAUGGAGCGUGCACUCAAACAGGUGCGCAUUCAGGGCCUGACUGGGAACAUUCAGUUUGAUCACUACGGUCGGAGGAUCAACUACACCAUGGACGUGUUUGAACUGAAGAGCAACGGACCACGCAAGAUCGGCUACUGGAAUGACAUAGACAAACUGGUGUUGGUCCAGAAUGAAAACGCUCUGUCCAAUGACAGCUCGGCCAUGGAGAACCGGACAGUCGUCGUGACAACCAUCAUGGAGGGUCCCUAUGUGAUGCUGAAGAAGAACUGGGAACUCUAUGAAGGCAACGACCAGUUUGAGGGAUACUGUGUGGACUUGGCCUCAGAGAUCGCCAAACACAUCGGGAUCAAAUACAAGAUCUCCAUCGUACCGGACGGGAAAUAUGGAGCCAGAGAUCCAGAGACGAAGAUAUGGAACGGCAUGGUUGGAGAGCUUGUGUAUGGGAAAGCAGAAAUUGCAGUGGCCCCACUGACCAUCACUCUGGUGAGAGAAGAGGUGAUCGACUUCUCGAAGCCCUUCAUGUCUCUGGGAAUCUCCAUCAUGAUCAAGAAGCCCCAGAAGUCUAAACCCGGUGUUUUCUCUUUCCUGGACCCGCUGGCCUACGAGAUCUGGAUGUGCAUAGUGUUCGCUUACAUUGGAGUCAGCGUCGUGCUGUUUCUGGUGAGUCGCUUCAGUCCGUACGAGUGGCACGCUGAGGAACCAGAGGAGGGCACGACAGAGCUCGGUCCCACCGACCAGCCUCCCAACGAGUUUGGCAUCUUCAACUCCCUCUGGUUCUCACUAGGAGCCUUCAUGCAACAGGGCUGCGACAUCUCACCACGGUCUCUGUCUGGACGUAUUGUUGGAGGUGUGUGGUGGUUCUUCACUCUCAUCAUCAUCUCCUCUUACACAGCCAACCUGGCUGCUUUCCUCACUGUGGAGAGGAUGGUCUCACCCAUAGAGAGCGCAGAGGACUUGGCCAAGCAGACAGAGAUCGCCUACGGUACACUGGACUCAGGCUCUACUAAGGAGUUCUUCAGGAGGUCCAAAAUAGCCGUGUACGAGAAGAUGUGGUCGUACAUGAAGUCUGCUGAGCCGACCGUCUUCACCAAAACGACAGCGGAGGGCGUGGCCAGGGUCCGCAAGUCCAAGGGGAAGUACGCCUUCCUCCUGGAGUCCACCAUGAAUGAAUACACGGAGCAGCGCAAGCCUUGUGACACCAUGAAAGUCGGGGGGAACCUGGACUCCAAAGGAUAUGGGAUUGCUACACCGAAAGGCUCACAGUUAAGAAACGCGGUCAACCUGGCCGUGCUAAAGCUCAACGAGCAAGGCCUGUUGGACAAAUUGAAAAACAAGUGGUGGUAUGACAAAGGAGAAUGUGGCAGCGGGGGAGGGGAUUCCAAGGACAAGUCGUCCCAGGCUCUGAGCCUGUCCAACGUAGCGGGGGUCUUCUACAUCCUGGUGGGCGGACUGGGCCUGGCCAUGCUGGUGGCCCUGGUCGAGUUCUGCUACAAAUCCCGGGCCGAAGCCAAGCGCAUGAAGCUGUCUUUUUCUGAAGCCAUGCGGAACAAGGCCCGUCUGUCCAUCACAGGAAGUGUGGGGGAGAAUGGCCGCGUCCUGACGCCAGACUGCCCCAAAGCUGUGCAUGCUGGCCACGCCUCCCUCCGACACCCCGGCCUUGCAGUGGUCUCCUCCGGACUGCCCUGAAAACCAAAAACACCUGCCGUGCCUUAACGACACACAAACAUACAGACUUGGACAAGGACAGACACACACAUGCAAUUACACACUUAACAUUCUCAUGCAAAUCACACACACACACACACACACACGUGCAUAUAAUUACUGAUACUGAAAUACUCUCAUUUUUACACACUUGAAUACACACACUGCGCAUCAUCAUCUCACUUUCCUGCUGCCAUUGACUUAUUUUACAAGAUAUAAGUGAAAUACAACUGUGGCGCGAACAGUGGAGAAAAAAACAAAAACAAAGGACAACUAUGACGAUCACACUUGCCUGCAGCAUUCAUUUUUAUUGUUUUUUCUGGGAGGAUUCUAUCCUGAUAUCGACAGACCGACAGGAAAGCCAGCACAGACUUACAAGAAAUGAACUAUGAGCUGUGAACAUGACCGCAAAACUGAUCAUGAUGAUGAUAGUGAUAAAGAUGAUGAUCACAGCUGACGGUAAAAAAAAAAAAAGAGGAAAAAAAGACAACCAAACAACUGUUCCUGCUCCGUCUUCGUUGGACCGUGUCGGCCGACGAGCCGCACCCCUUGACAACGCCUUACUAAGACUACAAACAUUGUUUUCAUCAUCAUCAUCAUCAUGGUCACCGUCAUCUUUAACUUGCCUGCAAAGAGUGCCAGGUGUUAUCACCCUUAGAAGACCAGAAAACUGUAAGCUUGAACGUUCGGACUGUGCAAACCCGCUACUUUGCCAUGGACUGUUCAAACUGAAUGAAAAUGCUUUCUUACUACGCAUAUAGAAUGAUUAUCUCGCCCCCAAAAGCAGCGAGAUAAUCAGCCAAUAUAGAACAGAAGUAACCUCGAAACACACACGUGUGGCUGAUCUCUGCCGCAGAAUUCACAGGGGUUUGUAAAAGACAAAAAUAUUAAGCAGUAGUAAUUAACAAAGUCCUUCAUCAACAGCAUCGUCAUGACAGUAGAAAUGCUAAAUAGCAAACUGAUGAUUACAUUUUGCCGGGUGGCAAAGGCAAAGGUUGAAACUGUAUAUCCAGUGGUGGAAAGAACAAGUAAAACACAUGAGCAGAUCUCAAAUGGCUCCAACACUGAAGUGCUUCUCAACCUGAAUGCUUCUCAGCCCUAUAGAACAAUAAAUGAUGGAGGAAUAAAUAUAACACAUUUGGAGUAAAAACGACGUCUUCCUUCAAAUAUCCGGCCACUAAAAAAGGCAAUUUCAUCAUUCUUUGCAUGUUUCCCCACAGCUGGGUGACUAGAGUAGUAAAGUAUUAGUUCAGAGGGCUGUGAUAAGGUUGAGACCCACUGCUCUAUGCUCUGUGCACUUCAUUUGACCUGAACUAUAGGUAUCAUUUUCAAUUUCUCCAAUAGUAAUGACUCUUAACGGGCAGUUUGGUUGUCAUUUGAGAUCCUCAGUCUUUUCCAGAGGCCGGGGAAAGGUACCAUAUCAGACAGCUUGCUUUUUAAAACUGUUGUAAAUAACUGCGUAGCAAAACAGAACUCACCUGUCUUUUUUAAUCAUCUUAGAUAACAAUUCAUUGCAAUAAUGAAUAUAAAAGAAAAUGCCACUACUUGUAAUUAAGAUCAAAUCUUUUUUAUAAAUCUACAUAUUAUAUAUAAUACAAAUAAAUAUAUAUCUAUACGUCUAUAGAGAGCUAUAGAAAACAUUGAUCACAGAUUGUCAGAGGCCAUGGCAUACAUUCUGUUAUAUGGCUGUUUUUUGAUAACUUGAGAAUAUUAAUAUGCCACAGUCUUUGUGUGUCCUGCUCAACACUGAAUGUCCAUUUGGCACUCACACGGACACACACGUAGAAACGCACGCACACACACAUUGUUGCAUUCACAGGGUCAGCUCAGAGUGAUCACUCCAGCACCAUGAGAGGUUCGGACCUUUUUUUUUUUUUUUUUUGCCUGUCUGUUUCACCAGUAGUUAUUAAUUGUUUUUCAUUGUUUCAAUAGUGUUUUUACUCCCAAAACCUUCUGUCAGUGGGCUGCAAAAAAACCCUCUAACAGCAUGUAGAUGCCAGUAUUCAACCCUGGAGCCGAUACAAUGAGAACACAUUCAGGCAGGCCUACUGAGAUUACCAUACUGUAGGGAAACAAUGCUGUCUGACAUUUGGAGAGUGUAGCAUUUGUGUUUCAUAUCGCCUCAGUGCUUUUUGUUAUUUGUCUUCUCACCAGAUGUGAGUCAGCAAAUCCAUCAAGUUCAAACUGAGCAGGGUUUUUGCACCUUUUUAGGGGACAUGUUUGGAUCCAUCAUGCUUGGCAAGAGCAAUCAAUCUACCAAAUGUUUAAAGGGGACAUAUUAUGAGAAACUUUUGUGUAUCUGGAGUGCCUACAAAGCCACAAAGUGUGAAAUAAGACGACCCAGUCAGUUAUUUGUGGGCUGAUUCAACAAGCCAUUUAGAUUUGGCUCAUGAGGAUAUUCAGCCACCUUCUUCUGAGUGUUUUCACCUACAGCUUGAGAGCUACCUUUGCAACGGUGCACCAUUUUUUUGGUGAAGACUUGGCAUUUUUAUGAGAGACAGGCGCUAAAACGGAGCGUUUCAGCCAGACGGCAUGAGAAAAAGAAUGUGUUUUUCAAACAUUAAACCUUAAACAUGUUCUAAUACAAACACAAAAUCUAAAUAUGAACCUAAACAUGAGCAUAAUAUGUCUCCUUUAUAUACCCUAUGUAGGGCUGGGCGAUAUAGACCAAAAGUCAUAUCCUGAUAUAUUUAGGCUGAAUAUCUAUAUACGAUAUAUAUCCAGAUUUUUUUAUCGCAAAGUGAGAGCAAAUGUUCAGUCAAAGUCAAAUAUGACAUGUCACAAGUAGUUUUUAUUGAAACCAUUUAUUUAAGUGAACAUAAAUACUGUUCUAUUCUUCCCCGGGCCUCCUACCAGUUGGACGUGCCCGCAACAUCUCUAACGGGAGGCGCCGAGGAGCCUUACCAGAUGCCUAAACCACCUUAACUGGCUCCUUUGGACUCGAAGGAGCAGGGUCACUACUCCAAGCUCCCUCCAGAUGUCCGAGCUCCUCACCCUAUCUCUAAGGCUGAGCCGAGCCAGCCUAAGGAGGAAGCUCACUUCGCCCGCUUGUAUCCGCCAGCUUGUUCUUUCAGUCACUUCCCAAAGCUCAUGACCAUAGGUGAGGGUUGCUCGGAGUAGAGCCGCUGCUCCUUCGUGUCGAAAGGAGCCAGUUGAGGUGGUUUGGGCAUCUGGUAAGGAUGCCUCCCGGGCGCCUCCCGUUAGAGGUGUUCCAGGCACGUCCAACUGGUGGGAGGCCCCGGGGAAGACCCAGAACACGGUGGAGGGAUUAUAUCUCUCUCCUGGCCUGGGAACGCCUCGGGGUCCCCCAGGAGGAGCUGGACGUUGUGGCUGGGGAGAGGGACCCCUGGAAUGCCCUGCUUAUCCUGCUGCCCCCGCAACCCGGCCCCAGAUAAGCGGACGAGAAUGGAUGGAUGAAUGGAUAAAUACUGUAUAACAACAGGAGUACCUUUUUUUUAUUUUUUUUUAUCAAAUCUUCAUAAAGUGCACAUUUAAAUAAAAAAAUAUCUUAAAUAAAAAUAUCCUAUGAAAUAAAAUAGGCCAAACUUUUUGUCUGAAAUAAAUAUAUUUAUAUGAGAAAAGAAUAAAGAACAUUACAAAGAACUAAAUAUGACAAACCCUAGUAAGGGCAGCAUUUAUAUAUAAAGAAAGGGAAAACAUUUUUUAUAUCGAUAUAUCGCCUAGCCCUAACCAUAUGGCAGCCUGGGUUGGUGCAUCCACUUACUGCCAGCUUUGGGCAGAGGAAGAUAAACAUUGCAUUAAAAUCUGAGGAUGAAUUGGGAAAAGAAAAAUCAAUAUUUCUGUGGAUUCACAUCUGUGCUGUUUUGCUUAAUUUCUUGUCAUACAACUUAGCAUGGUGGUGAUGCUUAUAAGAGAUUGUGUCAUAAUGCAGCGAUACUGUAUGUGGGAAUGAAAUGUUGUGUUUUCUGCUCUGCUGUCCUCUUUGUUUAUUUAUUUAAACUCUGCUGUUUGUCCUGUGCCCUACCUCCCAUCUCUGAAAUUGUCCCUGUUCCUUCCUCUUGUUUUGUCUUUUUCCUUAUAGCUGCUUUCUCCUUUCAUCUCCCCUCCUGUCCCACUGUAAGACAGAACUCUCUGUACAAAGUGCAUCUCAGCAAUGACAAAUGACUUUACUUUCUGCCCUGACACACUGCAAAAUAAUGGGAUAGAGAACUCAAGACACCAACUGACAAUCUGAGUUUCUUUUGGCUCUUUGUUUUGAACAUUGCAUACAUUUUAUGUUGUAACCUCUAACAUUUCACAACAAAAAAAACUGAAAAACUUCUUUGCUAAGCUCACAUGUACCUCAUGACUCAUGACGUAUCAGUCCUGCAUCACAUGUAUUCAUGACAAACUCAACAGACAAAAAGCAUAAACAGAAAAUGAUAUCUCCACACAAAAGUUAUCUUGAAUAACAACUCUCUUCUGGCUGAAAAGAAUAAGGUAGACAGUUUCUAAUCAACUCCUCUCAGCCCGGGGAUCAGUGCAGCACCACUGCAGCAUGAGAGAAAUAUUGGAAGUUUCUACAGCGGACACAUCUGUGAAGAGACAGUUAACGCUGAUCUCACCACACCAGACCCACCAGGCAGUUAAACUAUACAUGAUACUGUUGUGUUUAUUUCUUUGCCACCUCCAGCACAUAAGAUUUCAUGCGUAGACAGCGAAAAGCAGACUGCUGUGCUGUCAACACUCUGGCUUUAACACUGUUUCUUUCUUCCUUUUUUCCUUGUCUUUCCAUUUGGUUUCUUUUUCUAGUAAAACAUCAAUGCUGAACCCGC